GCCAAAAGAUCUCAGCUGCAGGCAACACAACAUUUAAGCUGCCUUGUGCACUAAACAGCAGCACCAAGUCUGCAACAGCAAAUUCAUUUCUUGUGUUUUUUUCCUUUUCUCAAGUGGAUAUAUUCAUUUGACAGACACGUCGAAGCACUCUGCUUGGUUUGUUCUGCUCCUUCCGCCGCAUCUGCAGUUCUGAAGUUCACCACCACAGCUGUGUUCGUCCUCAUGCUCGGUCAGCAAACAGCCAUAUUUGAGCACCAGCUGCUCUGUUUAUGAAAGUAACAACUUACACACUCUUGAGGAAGCAGUUAAAAAGCAGGACUUUCGCUCUUCAAGGGCCAUGGCCUUCUUAGGAACAGCAGCAUGGAGGGCGAUGGUGUGUCGGCAGCCCCUCUCGCCCCUCUGCCGUGCUACCACCCGCUGCUAUAGCUCUCAGUCUACACACACCAAAGAGAAGAGUGUCCCGUAUGAGAAGACCCUCAAACAUGAGGAUGGCCUCAGUGGGCCUACCAAACCCCUUCCCAAGUCUGCAGAUGUUGUGGUGAUUGGAGGAGGAAGCCUGGGUUGCCAGACCCUCUACCACCUGUGUAAAUUAGGCAUGACCAAUGUGGUUCUCCUGGAGAGGGACAGACUGACUGCUGGCACCACCUGGCACACAGCUGGACUUUUGUGGCAGUUAAGACCAAGUGAUACUGAGGUAGAGCUGUUGGCUCACACUCGCAAUGUGGUCAGCUCAGAGCUGAAGGAGGAGACGGGCCUUGAGACGGGCUGGAUCCAAAAUGGAGGCCUGUUCAUUGCGUCCAACAAGCAGCGAUUGGACGAGUACAAGCGACUCAUGUCGCUGGGUAAAGUGUAUGGCAUUGAGUCACACGUCCUGUCGCCAGCUGAGACCAAAGACCUGUAUCCUCUGAUGAAUGUCAAAGAUCUUUAUGGCACGCUCUAUGUUCCUAAAGAUGGCACCAUGGACCCAGCGGGCACCUGCACCACCCUCUCCAGAGCAGCCACUGCACGCGGCGCCACUGUGAUUGAGAACUGUCCAGUAACGGGUAUCCAGGUGAAGGUUGAUGAUUUGGGUGUUAAGAGAGUGAAAGCGGUGCAAACUCCUCAUGGCACCAUCCGAACACCAUGUGUGGUCAAUUGUGCAGGGGUUUGGGCCACUAAACUGGGUGAGAUGGCAGGUGUUAAUGUGCCAUUGAUUGCGAUGCACCAUGCUUAUGUCGUCACAGAGCGAAUCGAAGGAAUUCAGAACAUGCCCAACGUCAGGGACCAUGAUGCAUCAGUCUACCUCCGUCUUCAGGGUGAUGCACUCUCCGUGGGAGGCUACGAACAGAACCCCAUAUUCUGGGAUGAUGUUUCUGAUAAAUUUGCCUUCAGCUUGUUUGAUCUGGACUGGGAUGUUUUUAUGCAGCACAUUGAUGGCGCCGUCAAUAGAGUUCCUGCUCUGGAGCAAACUGGAAUCAAAUCCACUGUCUGCGGUCCAGAAUCCUUCACUGCAGAUCACAAACCUCUUAUGGGUGAAGCUCCGGAGGUGAGAGGCUUUUUCCUUGGAUGUGGCUUCAACAGUGCAGGUAUGAUGUUAGGGGGAGGAUGUGGAAAAGAGCUGGCUCACUGGAUCAUUCACGGCCGUCCAGAGAAAGACAUGUAUGGAUAUGAUAUCAGGCGCUUCCACCAUUCGCUGACCAACAACAACCGUUGGAUCAGAGAGAGAAGUCACGAGUCCUAUGCCAAAAACUAUUCAGUAGUUUUCCCGUUUGAUGAGCCUUUGGCAAGCCGAAACAUGAGGAAAGACCCCUUCCAUCAGGUGCUACAGGAACACGGCUGUGUGUUUCAGGAGAGACAUGGCUGGGAGAGACCUGGAUGGUUCAACCGAGAUGGAGCUGCUCCGGUUCUAGAUUAUGAUUACUAUGGUGCAUAUAAUGUUCCCAAGAACACGGUUUACAAAUACAGCAGGAUACUAAGCAAAGAGUACACCUUUGACUUUCCUCCACAUCAUGAUGUGAUUCGAGAUGAAUGUUUAACAUGUAGGAAUGCUGUAGCUGUGUUUGAUAUGUCCUACUUCGGUAAAUUUUAUCUGUCUGGUCCGGAUGCAAAGAAGGCUGCUGAUUGGCUGUUUACAGCUGAUGUCAACAAAGCUCCAGGAUCCACCGUCUACACCUGCAUGUUAAACCAGAGGGGCGGAGUCGAGUCUGACCUCACUGUCAGUCGUCUGGAGCCAAGCCCCUCCCACCUCCCACUGACACCCGAAUUUAAUGGUGAUGCGUAUUACCUGGCCAUUGGAGGGGGUGUGGCGCAGCAUAACUGGAGCCACAUUCAAUCUGUGCUGCAGGACCAGGGUUUCCGCUGCACACUAAUAGACCACACUGAGGACAUGGGCAUGAUCAGCAUACAGGGACCCAAGAGUCGUGAGCUGCUGCAGGAGGUGCUGGAUUCAGAGCUCAGCAAUGAAGCAUUUCCCUUCUCCACACACAGGAUCGUGAGCGCCGCUGGACACCAGGUGAGAGCCAUGCGUCUGUCAUUUGUGGGUGAAAUGGGCUGGGAGCUUCACAUCCCGAAAGAGUCCUGUCUGCCUGUCUACAACGCUGUCAUGGCCGCGGGAGCUAAAUAUGGCAUCUGUAAUGCCGGCUACCGGGCCAUUGACUCUUUGAGCAUUGAGAAAGGUUACAGGCAUUGGCAUGCAGAUCUGCGUCCUGAUGACACUCCACUUGAGGCAGGACUUGCAUUCACAUGUAAGCUGAAGACCUCCAUUCCCUUUAUGGGACGGACGGCACUGGAGGCCCAAAAGGCAGAGGGUCUGCGCAGACGCAUCGUUUGUUUCACAGUUGAUGAGAAAGUGCCAAUGUUUGGUCUGGAAGCUAUUUUCCGCAAUGGUGUUCCUGUGGGCCACCUGCGGCGCUCUGAAUUUGGAUUUGCUAUUGACAAGACCAUUGGAUAUGGGUAUAUUCGCAACCCAGAUGGCGGUGUGGUCAGCCCUGAUUUUGUGCGCAGUGGAGAUUUCACUCUGGAACGGAUGGGCGUUACAUACAAGGCCACAGCCCACCUGAAGUCUCCCUUCGACCCUGAAAACAAGCGCGUGAAGGGCAUCUACGGCUCACCACAGGACAUAGCCAGAAUGUAACUGAUCCAGACUGAGCUUCAGUAUAACAGAGGUAAAUGUUUACAGGCCUUUAUUCAACACAUCAGCGUCAUCAGCAUUCCAGGACAAAACAACAACACGCUGAUCCUACUGGGUUUAUAUUCAGGGAUCAUUCAUUAUAAUGGAUCAUUGAUUCUAUAGUAAAAAGGUCCAAUCGUUUUUAACAUCAUCCUGUGCCUUAAUGUUCAGGAGGAAAUCACUCAUAUUUUCCAGAAAAGAGUAUUUUAGACAGCAAAGUCUUAAUUUCUUUUUGUACUAGCUUGAAUGUCUGUGCAUUAAAGAUGCUUGUCAGUGAUUGCAUGUAAAAUGAAAUCUAAAUAAUUUAAUAGUUGAAUUAAUAUUUUACAAAUUUAAGUUAAUAGAAUUAAAUAAGUACAAAUGGUUUAUUUAAGAAGUGAAGGUCUGUUUUAGAAAUUACAAUAUGAAAUCUCCAUGUUGAGCAAUCAAAUCAUUCCCUCACUCAUGUGCUGUGACUUGAUCUGAUAACUGGAAUUUCUACUAUUUGCUCAUUUUUAUUAAUAAAAUAUGGUUUUCUUUAGGAUGUCUGCUGCUGCUUACUUCAUUUGGUGUUCAAGUGGAAACUGUAAAUGUGCUAAAUUUAUGAAAAAUAAAGCGUUUGUCAUAUUGUAAAGUCU